CUGUCUUAGAUCAAAUGCUUUCAUCCCGGGGUAGGAACUGUUUUACUUGUCAUUGUAACAACCCGGACGGGUUUCGCAGAACAAGUCUCAGAUUGUUCAUAAAUGAACAAGGCUUUGAAGAAUGACAUAAAUAAUCGUUCGCGUCAAAACUAACAUAUUAGUUGUGAACUUUUGAUGACGGAUAAAAGACAGCGAGCGAGGGUCCAGGGCUCGUGGGCUAAACCUCUUCCCAGACCAACACGCCCUACUGUUCAAGAUGUCCAGUUGGCAGCAGGGUCAUGGAAGUCUGGACCACAAUCAUUUGAAUUCCAUAAGCCAGUUAAUAACGUCAGAGAGAUACCUCCAGAGAGGACGAUCGAAAAGGCCGGCGACUAUGAGAUUAGUCAGGGUCCUACUGGAGUGUCACGGCUGCGACUGAUCCCAGGGUUCCUACAGCAGGAGGAAGCAGACUGGAUGUUUAGCAAGUUGUUCGCUGAACUGCCCUGGUCUCAGAAGACCAAUUAUAGACUGAUGGGUGAAGCAUAUGAGGAACCCAGACUCACCUGCUGGUAUGGAGAGCUGCCGUAUAUGUAUUCACGCUCAACUAUGAACGCCAACCCUGAGUGGCAUCCGGUUCUCGCUACACUGCGUCUGGCCAUUGAGCAGAAGAGCGGCCAUACCUUUAACUCAUUACUGUGUAACCUGUACCGGGAUGGUAAAGACAGUAUUGGUUGGCAUAGUGACAACGAGCCUUCGCUAGGACCCCAGCCCAUCAUCGCGUCUCUGAGUCUGGGAGACACAAGAGUGUUCAGCCUCCGUAAACAGCCACCUCCUGAGGAUCAAGGGGACUACAGCUAUGUAGAGCGAAUACGAAUCCCGCUGGCUCAUGGGACACUUUUGCUAAUGGAGGGCUGCACACAGGCAGACUGGCAGCACCAGGUGGCAAAGGAAUACCAUGAUCGGGGGCCUCGGAUAAACCUUACUUUCCGGACCAUAUUCCCGGAGUCGGAGCAUGCCAGGAACACCAAGCGGUAGAAGAGAUGAGAGUUAGAGACAGCAGGUUUGGAGAGAUGGCAGAUGUUAAAUGCACAUUUUCUGUUAAAUGUUUAUUUAUUUAAAUAAUUGAAUGUGCAAACUGUUUUUUUUUUCGUAUAAAGACCCUAAACAAUUAAUAAUAAAGUAUGCCUGUAUUUUUACAUAAAUGGGAAUUUUUGCACAAGCAAUUGUCCACAAUAUGGUUUGUGUUCUAAGUAGGUCUUACUUGUUUGCAGUGUUCAUGUUAUAUACAUCAAACAAAAAUUUAUGAGGGUCAAGUUGCUCAUUAUUUCGGUUACAGCGCCCCAAAGUCUCUCUUUACAGGUAAAUUAAAGUUCAGAAUAUAAUGCAUUCUGAAAAUGUUAAUUUAUAGAUUUUUGCUGAAUAAAUCUGAACUACAAA